ACCCGGUAGCAGACAGUGUGGUGAGGACCCCCCCAUCAGACGCGGUAGCGGACAGUGUGUUCAAGGCGGUGCAGGCAGGAGCUGUCAAAAGAGGACAGGUGGGCUGCGGAGGCCUUACUUCCAUCAACUCGUACCCGGUAGCGGACAGUGUGGUGAGGACCCCCCCAUCAGACGCGGUAGCGGACAGUGUGUUCAAGGCGGUGCAGGCAGUGCAGGCGCUGCCCUCGCUGACGGACGCGCAGCGCGUGGCGGCCAUCGACGUCUUCCUGCAGCGCCCCCUCGACGCCCACGCCUUCCAGGCCAUGAGCCCCGCCCUGCAGACGCUCUUCGCCCGCCGCGCCCACGCCCAGGAUGUUGAUCAGCAGCUGGCAGGGAUUCAAGCUGCCGCUGCCGCUGCUGCUGCUGCUGGGGAGGGAGAUGCGGUGCUGACAGACCAGCUCCUCGCCCCCCUGCAGGGCGUGGCUGGGGGUGUUGGGGUGGUGGGCGUGGCUGGGGGUGUUGGGGUGGUGGGGGGGGGAGUGGGGAGCGGAGCUGGGACGUGGGGAUUGGGUGGGGGUGGGGGUGUGGCGGAGAUGGGCGCAGGGGGAGUGGGAUUUGGGGGGAACGGGGUGGGGGGGAUGGCUUCAACGGGUGUGGGAGCAGCAGGGAUGGGAACAGCAGGGAUGGGAACAGCAGGGAUGGGAACAGCAGGGAUGGGAACAGCAGGGAUGGGAACAGCAGGGAUGGGAACAGCAGGGGUGGGAACAGCAGGGAUGGGAACAGCAGGGAUGGGAACAGCAGGGAUGGGAACAGCAGGGAUGGGAACAGCAGGGGUGGGAACAGCAGGGGUGGGAACAGCAGGGGUGGGAACAGCAGGGUUAGGAACAGCAGGGGUGGGAACAGUAGGGGUGGGAGUGAGAAGCAUGUGGAUGGCUGAAACUCGUAGAGGGGGAAUGGGAUCGGGGAUACCGCGGAUGGGGGAAACAGGGUUCGGUUGGAGGGGAUUGGGAACGGUAGGAGAAACGGGAGCAGGGAUGGCAGAAGGUGGGAGUGUGGGUGUGGGAAUGGCAGCAGCAGCAGUAGCAGCGGCCUCAGCAGGAGGUGCGAGGGGUGUUCAGGGUGUGGGCGGGGUAGAAGGAGGAAGUAGGGUGGGAGGGGAAGGUGGGAUAGGAGGGGAAGAGGGGGCAGGAGGAGCAGCUGGGGCAGCAGGAGCAGCUGGGCUGAGUGGCACAAGUGCGUUGGGCGGCGUAGGUGGGAUGAGCGGCACACAAGGGGCAGGCAGCACGGCAGGGCUGCAGCUGCUGGGGCAUCGCGUGCAGGAGUUUGUGCGACAGAACCUGGGAGCAGUCAACGCCAGUCAAGGGGCAGUCAAUGCAGGUCAAGUGGGGGUGGCUGGCACUCCAGUGUCAGUCAAUGGGAUUCAAUGCGAGUGCCCUGAGUGUGUGGCUGCUAGAAUGCGUCAAGGCACAGUCAACGCAAGUCAACAGAUGGCCAGCACUGGUCAACAGGCAGUCAAUGCUGGUCAAGGGGCAGUCAAUGCUGGUCAAGAGGGGGUGGCUGGCACUCCAGUGGUGGUCAAUGAGCAUCAAUGCGAGUGCCCUGAGUGUGUGGCUGCUAAAUUGGCGGCCAGUAUACGGCAAAGGGCUGUCAAUGGGAGUCAACCAGUGGUCAAUGCGAGUCAACCAGUGGUCACUACGAGUCAACCAGUGGUCAACGCGAGUCAACCAGUGGUCAAUGCGGAUCCGACGAGGGGAGUGGCAGCGAAUCAGACGGAGACAGCUGUCGGUCAAUUAGGGUUCGGUGCAGGUCAUGUGGGGACGGCUGCUGUGCUACAGACAAGAAAUGCUGGUCAAGCAUCAUCCAAUGCUGGUCAAGAAACAAUCAUUGCUGGCCAAGGAGCAGUCAAUGCAGGUCAAGGGGCGGUCAAUGCAGGUCAAGGUGGGGGGUUGAGUAGUGACGAAGAGUUGCUUUCAGCUGCUCGCCUAGCCAUUCGCAGUCACCUGCCGCUAGCUGAGCUCGAGCAUUUUGGCGACUGCAAAUCCGCUAAGGCCCUGUACGAUGCUGUCGUUGCUCGCUACUCCUCGCCUGCCACAGCCGAGCUUAGCCGCCUCAUGCUGCCGUACCUGUUCCCCGAUCUGUCCACCUUUGCUACAGUCGCCGAUCUUAUCACCCACCUUCGCACUAGUGAUGCUCGCCUGCGUGCCGCCCUUCCCACCGAGUUCUGCGCUAAGAACCCCCCUCCACUGUACUGGACACUCCACUUCAUAGUCACCCGUCUCCCUGACACCCUCAGCUCAGUUCGAGACCACUUCCUUGCUCGCUGUCCCACUGAGCUCACAGUCACCCUCCUAGAGGAGCAGCUGCUCGCGGCCGAAAAGAGCAUUGUAGCUGUCGGUGCUGCUCGUGGCGCUCCUCGCACCCCCAUCUUUGAGGGGUGUUCUCCCUCUCCCCUCGCUCCCUCCUACGCUGCUGCUGCUGCUGUUGACUUCCUUGGUGCUGAGUCUGUUGGCGCUGCUUCUACUCCUGGUGGGAGGCGCCGCACCGGCAAGGGCAAGGGGGGCAAGGGUGGUGGUGGUGGCGCUGGGGGGGGAGGAGGUGGGGGAGGUGGGGGGGGAGGCGGUGCUGGAGGGAGCGGUGGCGGGAGCGCUGGUGGGAGUGGGGUCGGUGGUGGAGGCGGGGGCGGCGGAGGAAGCAGUGGCAGUAGUGGCGGCGGCGGCGGCGGCGGUGGCGGCGGUGGCGGUGGUGGCGGUGGUGGCGGUGGCGGUCGUAGCGGUGGUAGUGGUGGCGGCGGAGGUCGGAGUGGAGGCACUGGCUCGGGCCAGAGCUCCCAGCAGCAGCAGCGUCCCCAGACGACCCAGCAGCUUCGUGAGUGGCUUGCUCAGCGUGGGACGUCGGGGGGCAGUGGCCGCUGUUCUUAUGUCAUUCGCACAGGUGACCGCAAGGGACAGACGUGUGGGAGGUUCCACACCCCGUACCGCUGCUUCUCCCGCCUUGACGACGCUUGGCGUGAGGAGAUGGGUGCGGAUGUUGAGCGCCCCCGCUGGGCUGAGCUCAUGAGGGCUGGUGUUGAUGUCUUUGCUCUUGACUUUGAUGCUAUUAUUGCUGCCAUUGCUGUCCCGGCUGUUUUCGAGUCUGCUCUCUCAGGUACAGCACCCACAGAGACUGCUCUCUCAGGUACCGCACCGGCUGAGGCCUGUCACACCUUCACCCUUGACUCAGUCCUUGCCCAGUCCACCACUGUCCUCCCUUGUCCGGCGGCUCCGUCUGGCUCGUUGUCGGGUUUCCACCUCCCCUCGUUCUCGACGAACCUGGUGAGCAACGCUGUCCUCCAGGAUCAGUGGGUUGACACCUUUACCCCUGGAGGACAGCGUGUGGCGAUCUGCACGUGCUCCAGGACCGGCCGUCACCUGGCUACGUUUACCCGUCGGCCGGGGUCGAGUCUCUACACACUGACCACUGCGUCUCCUCAGGUCGCUGCUGUCGGUCAGGUGUCUGCGUCAGGUCUGGUAGGCCACGCCUGUGAGUGUCGUUCCCUGUCGCACCAGACUCUUCUCUGGCACCACCGCCUGGGUCACCCCUCCUUGCCACGCCUUCGUGGCAUGCACCGUCGCCACCUUGUGUCUGGUCUUCCCAGGUCCCUCCCUCCCCUCCCUGCCUCUCCUGCGCCGCCUUGCCUUCCUUGCGUCGAAGGGCGGCAGCGCGCCGCUCCUCACUCCUCCUCGUUCCCCCCGACAGGGGCUCCUCUGCAGACCCUCCACCUGGACGUGUGGGGCCCAGCCCGCGUUCGUGGUCAGGGCGGUGAGCGGUAUUUUUUGCUGGUUGUCGACGACUACUCGCGUUACACCACGGUCUUCCCCUUGCGCACCAAGGGUGAGGUCCCUGCUGUUCUGAUCCCUUGGAUCCGCACGGUUCGUCUCCAGCUCCGCCGCCGUUUCCGGACGGAUCUUCCUGUCCUGCGUCUGCACUCUGACAGAGGUGGUGAGUUUUCCUCCGACCUCUUGAGGACCUUCUGUCAGGCGGAGGGCAUCGAGCAGACCUUCACGCUUCCGGACUCCCCACAGCAGAAUGGGGUUGCUGAGCGCCGCAUUGGUCUGGUCAUGGAGGUCGCUCGUACCUCCUUGGUCCACGCGGCGGCUCCCCAUUUUCUGUGGCCGUUUGCUGUCCGGUACGCCGCGCAUCAGCUCAACCUCUGGCCCCGUGUCUCCUUGCCGGAGACCUCGCCCACACUGCGUUGGACGGGGGAGGUUGGCGAUGCGUCGCGCUUCCGGGUGUGGGGUGCUCGUGCCCUUGUCCGCGAUACGUCCGCGGACAAGCUCUCCUCCCGCACACUUCCCUGUGUCUUCCUUGGCUUUGUUCCUGACGCGCCGGGCUGGCAGUUUUACCACCCCACCUCGCGCCGGGUCUUCGCCUCUCAGGACGUCACCUUUGACGAGUCGGUCCCUUUUUACCGUCUCUUCCCCUACCGCACUGCCCCCCUCCCUCCCCCGCCGCUUUUCCUUGCUCCUGGUCCCCCUCCGGUAGACCCCCUUCCCCCUCAGGGUCCUGCUCCUUCAGGUGUCUCUCAGGUAGACCCUCCUCCCGUCGCUGAGCCUGUCGAGGUCACAGGUGACUCAGGUGCUGCUGCAGGUGGUGCUGCUGGGAGUGCUGAGCCUGAGGGUGCUGGGCCUGGGGGUGCUGGGACUACGGGUGCUGGAGCUGAGGGUACUGUGCCUGAGAGUUCGGCGCCUGGGGGUGCUGAGCCUGGGGGUGCUGCGCCUGGGGGUGCUGAGCCUGGGGGUGCUGCGACUGGGGGUGCUGAGCCUGCGUGUGCGGAGUCUGGGGGUGCUGAGUCUGGGGGUGCUGCGCCUGCGGGUACUGAGCCUGGGGGUGCUGCUACUGAGCCUACGGAGCCUCGGGUUGCUGUGUCUGGGGGUGCUCCGGUUCGGGGUGCUGAGCAGUCUCUCACACCGCAGCAGCUUCGUGACUGGUACGUCAGGCGCUUUCGCCGUCCUAGUGCCUCGACUGGAGUUGGAGGUGCUGGAGCUGCUCGUCCUGGGGGUGCUCGUACUGGGGGUACUGGAGCUGCCGGGACUGGUCGUUCUGGGAGCACUACGACUGGAGCUGCUGGAGCUGGGGCCUCUGGAGCUGGCGGUACUAGUGGAGUUGGAGCUGCCGACUCUGGGGGUGCUCUUCCUAGCGGUGCUGCGGACCCUGGGGGUGGUGCUGCUGCUGGUGCUGCGGACCCACCUGGUGGAGCUGCUGCUGGAGCUGAGGACCCGAGCGGUGGCGCUGCUGCUGGUGCUGGGGACCCGGACGUUGGAGCUCCUGCUGGUGCUGAGGACCCGGCCGCUGGAGUCUCUUCUGCUUCUGGAGACGCUGCGCGGCCGCGGCCGUACUUCGUACCGCUCCUUCAGCAGGUUCUUGGGCAGGCUCCUCCUCCUUGUCCUCCUCCCUCCGUAGGGUGUCUCCCGCCUGUCCAGCCGCAGUCACAGUUACCGCCUACCUCACCUCUCCCUGCUCCCUCUCCUUACACUGGUCCCACAGGAGGUCUUACAGAGCGUCGUGAGCCUGAGUCUCGCCCUGCGUCGCCUGUUCGCACUGCUCGCACUGGUCGUCGUGUCCGUCGUGAGCGUCCUCCUCCUGUCCCAGGCACUCACUACAUGACUCUGCGUCCCUCUACUGCUCCUCAGCGUGUCCCUCUACCGUCUCCUCCUGCGUCCUCUUUGCCUGACGUUCCGGACCCUGAGUCUGACCGGUAUCGUGCUGAGCACCCUACUGUCACCCGUCUCCUAGCUACUGUUGUCACUGACCCUACCUUUGAGUCCUCGGCUGCGUCUGCUCUAGUCGCUGAGUUGGUUGACUUUGCUGCUGCCUGUCGUCUAGACUACGCUGCUAGUCUUGUUGCUGAGCAGGAGGACUUUGACUCUCUCGCGGCUGCUGUACCUCAUCUCGUGGCCUGGUUGCUUGCCCCUGAGGGAGACCCGGAUGCACUAGACAUCCCCACUCCGCGCACUUACGCAGAGGCGAUCUCGGGUCCCUACUCCUCUCAGUGGCAGACAGCCAUGGACGCAGAGAUGGCAUCCUGGAAGUCCACAGGCACCUACGUCGACGAGGUUCCCCCUCCUGGGGCGAACAUCGUCGAUGGCAUGUGGAUUUUCAGGGUGAAGCGGCCGCCAGGUUCUCCGCCUGUCUUCAAGGCUCGUUACGUUGCUAGAGGCUUCAGUCAGCGUCAGGGGGUCGACUUCUUCCAGACCUUCUCCCCCACCCCGAAGAUGACCACUCUUCGGGUUCUGCUGCACGUUGCUGCUCAGCGUGACUACGAGCUUCACUCUCUUGACUUCAGCACAGCGUUCCUGCAGGGCAGCCUGCACGAGGAGAUCUGGCUGCGCCGCCCACCUGGCUUUACUGGGUCGUUUCCCCCUGGUACCCAGUGGAGUCUCCGCCGGCCAGUCUACGGUCUCCGCCAGGCGCCACGUGAGUGGCACGACACACUGAGGACUACACUUGCGGCUCUUGGGUUCGCGCCGUCUACUGCUGACCCGUCGCUGUUUCUGCGCACAGACACGUCGCUGCCGCCGUUCUACAUUCUCGUGUACGUCGACGACUUGGUCUUUGCUACUGCUGACACUGAGGCACUCGCUCGUGUGAAGUCGGAGCUGCAGAAGAGACACACCUGCACUGACCUGGGUGAACUGCGUAGCUACCUUGGCUUGCAGAUCACCCGGGACAGAGCUCGCCGCACCAUCACCCUGACUCAGUCACACAUGGUGCAGCAGGUCCUUCAGCGCUUCGGCUUCCAGUUCUCCUCACCACAGGCCACACCUCUGGCUACCAGCCACUCGCUCUCAGCUCCACCUUCGGACGAGUCCGUAGAGCCGAGUGGCCCGUACCCAGAGCUUGUAGGCUGCCUCAUGUACCUGAUGACUUGCACGCGACCUGACCUCGCGUACCCUCUUAGCAUCCUUGCUCGUUACGUUGCACCUGGGAGACACAGGCGAGAGCACUGGGAGGCUGCUAAGAGGGUGCUGCGUUACUUGUGCAGUACAUCAGGCAUGGGGCUGGUGCUUGGAGGACACGACAGAGUUGUCCUCACUGGUCACUCGGACGCUUCUUGGGUGGACGACCUGGCUACGCAGCGGUCGUCACAGGGUUACACCUUCAGCCUUGGCUCUGGUUCUGUCUCGUGGCGGUCCACCCGCUCUUCCUCUGUUCUCGGCUCUAGUUGUGAGGCUGAGAUCUACGCCACAGCCAUGGCUGCACAGGAGUUACGCUGGCUCACCUACCUGCUGACUGACUUGGGAGAGCGGCCUAGUUCUCCUCCAGUUCUGUACGGUGACAACAAGGCGGCUCUUGCCUUGUGUCAGGAGCACAGACUGGAGCACAGGACGAAGCACAUUGCUCUUCGCUACUUUCUUGCUCGAGAGCUUCAGCAGCGCGGUCAGCUUCGGCUUGUGUACGUGGACUCGAAGGCCAACACUGCUGAUAUCUUCACCAAGGCGCUCCCGCCUAGUGAUCAUCAGCGGCACUGUACUUCUUUAGGCCUUGUGUCCACGUUUCCUCACUUGCUCACUGCUUGA